GCGCGGGAACCGGCGCGAGCCUGCGGGGCGGCGGCAGUGGAGGUCCCUGGGCUUCGAGCUUCCCGGAGGCGCCAUGAACUACAUCAACCUGCCCACCGUGCUGCCGGGCUCCCCCAGCAAGACCCGGGGGCAGAUCCAGGUGAUUCUCGGACCCAUGUUCUCAGGGAAAAGUACCGAGCUGAUGAGACGCGUCCGUCGCUUCCAGAUUGCCCAGUACAAGUGCUUGGUGAUCAAGUACGCCAAGGACACGCGGUACAGCAGCAACUUCUCCACCCACGACCGGAACACCAUGGAGGCGCUGCCAGCCUGCCAGCUCCGGGACGCGGCGCAGGAGGCCCUGGGCGUGGCCGUCAUUGGCAUCGAUGAAGGGCAGUUUUUCCCUGACAUCGUGGAGUUCAGCGAGGCCAUGGCCAACGCCGGGAAGACCGUGAUCGUGGCCGCACUGGAUGGGACUUUCCAGAGGAAGGCUUUCGGGGCCAUCCUGAACCUGGUGCCCCUGGCCGAGAGCGUGGUGAAGCUGACGGCGGUGUGCAUGGAGUGCUUCCGCGAGGCCGCCUACACCAAGAGGCUGGGCACAGAGAAAGAGGUCGAAGUGAUCGGAGGAGCAGACAAGUACCACUCUGUGUGCCGCCUCUGCUACUUCAAGAAGCCCUUGGGCCAGCCUGCCGGGCUGGACAGCACUGAGAACAAGGAGAACUGCCCGGUGCUGGGGAAGCCGGGGGAGGCCACGGGCGCCCGGAAGCUGUUCGCCCCUCAUCAGAUCCUGCAGUGCAGCACGGCCAACUGAGGCCUCGGCGCCCAGGGACCGGCCACCUGCUCCCUUUCCUGCUGCCGCCCCCUGGCAGAUGGCUGCGUGCACGGGCUGCGCGGCCUUUUCAGAGGAGGAAGUCCUGGAGGACGUGAGGUUUCACUAGCAUGUGGAACUCUGUGCGUCUGUAGGCCCUUUCCCCUCCUUUCCUGCCCACUGGCCUUUCCUAGUUCCCUUCCCGGCUGCUGGUCUGCUCACGGUCCACUCUGGGCCAGAGCAGACCUUGCGCUGUGGCUCAGGGUCUGGCCACAGCAGACGUCCCCUCCCUCUCAUUUGAGGCGAGGGGUAGAGCCACACGCUGUUGUGACAGUGGUGCUGCUGGCUUCUUCCCCUUUUGUGGCUUUCACUGCUGAGUUUCUGUUCUCAGUGGGAAGUCCGUGCGGAGCACCUCUGGCUCAGCACCGAGCCUCGUCCCACGCAAAGGCACAUUGUCCUCCGCUGGGACAGGGUCCCAGCCCCUGAGGAUGGCUGGACUUGGGUCCUCUGGCUUCCCUUUGGGCUGGAAGUCCUUCCUACACUCGCUGAUCAUUUUCUUCAGAAUUACAGCUUGCCUUUUAAAGUGGGGGUGGGGGGAGCGGGGUCUGUGAUCUUUUAUUGUGGUAUGUGAAAUAAAUAACUAAUAUUAAAAUGCACUGGUUGUAAGUGCCUGUCAACUGAUGAUAAAGAAGAUAUGGAAUAUAUAUACACACACACACACAUACACAUACAAUGGAAUACUACUCAGCCAUAAAAAAGGAUAAAAUCGUUCUGUUCA